UAGGUGCCCCUACAAGACCCUUUUGCUGUGAUGGAUGAAGAGGUGGUCCUGCAAGAAGAGGACAUGGACGGCUCAUGGACGCUGCUGUCCUUGUUGGCGUCCGUCCUCAUGGUGUUUGGGGGGUCCCUGCCGUAUGUCCCUCAGUAUCAGGAGAUCCAGAGGAUUAGCAACACCGAGGGCUUCUCCACCAGAGUGUGCCUGGUGCUGCUUAUAGCCAACAUCUUACGCAUAUUUUUCUGGAUAGGCAAGCAGUUUGAGCUGACUCUGCUGCUUCAGAGCGUGGUGAUGAUCGUGACCAUGUUCGCCAUGCUCCAUCUCUGCUGCACGGUCCAGAACAACAACCAAGUCAGCACCAAGCAGCAUCGACUCACAGGUGAGCGCCUCCUGCCAAAACUGACAGCCUGCGUGUACAGCUGAGGUGGGAACACAUUCCUAAA